AUGGAGACUGCGAUGGGGUCUGGAGUGAUGCCCGGGUUCCAGGUGAUGAGUGACCUGCUGACCAUGAGAGAGAAGGCCGUCCUCCGGAGCCUGAUUCAGCCAAAUUGUGAGCUGAUGAAGAGCACAGUGGCCCAGGUGCUGCAGUCCCAGGAGCAGCCAGAGGAGGCGCUGGCGUGGAGCCGCCCUAUGUGUGGGGUCCUGUGUGUCAUCAAAGACCAGAGCCUCAACACUCACUUCCUGCGCCUCUUCUGUCUCAAGAACGCAGAGCUGCUCUGGGAACACGAGGUUUAUGUUCCCUUCCAGUACAACGCCUCAUGCUCGUACUUCCACUCUUUUCCGGCCGACGGACAUCAUACUGGCUUCAACUUCGCCGAUGAAACUGAGGCGGAGGAGUUUCAUUUUUCUGUGGAGAACAUAAGGAAAAAGCAAGACACGAUUUCAUUUGAAAACACUUCAAAGAGAAACAAACUGUCGCCUGAAAUCGCUGACAUAAGAGAAAAAUUGUUACAGACAGAGAGAAGAAUAAGCGCCCCGGCAGUCGCUCCCAAAGCUACGGCCGCUAUUCAUUCCGGGGAGAGAAUGUCUUCUCUUCUGCAGGCGGGAGAGCCCGACUCGCUGCUGAAGAGGCUGAUGUCUCGCAGUCGUCUGAGUGAAGAGGAGCUGAUGACCCGCAGUGUGAGCGACAUCGUGGACCACAUCAUCGCUGAGUCUGGAGGAGUGCAGGCCAUUCAGAUGGAGCUGCACAGAGAGAGAGGAGCGAACUUCAAAACUUUGCCUCGAUAUUCUGGUGCCUCCCUGCCCAGAACCCCCUCCACAGAGCAGGACCCCCCUGUGAAGAUCAAGAAGCGGGCCAUCUUAACUGUUCCUGCAGCUGGAGGCAAAGACGACAUCAUAAUUGCACUCACAAAAAUCCUCAAGAAAAGGCAACAACUGCAAACUGAGAAGAACGAAGUCAUUCAUGGAAACACUGAGAUCUCCUACCAGGACACCAACUCUAUUCCAGCUGAAGAGCGCCUGUCCAUCUGUCUGUGGUUUCUUGCCACUGGGGACUCCUACAGGACCAUUGCGGGGAGCUUCAGAGCAGGCAUAUCCACCGUCUCCAUGCUCAUCCCAGAUGUGGUGGCAGCCAUCUGGGACUGCCUCGUGGAGGAGUUCAUGGCUGUGCCUGGAGCAGAGGAGUGGAGGUAA